GCGGUACAUAGCAUUCCUCAAAAUGAGUCAAGCUAACAAGUCUGCUUUGGUCACCGCGGGUGUCGUCGGCGGCGUCGCCGUCGGGUCGCUCCUCCUUCGCUCGGCGAUGUACCCCAUCAUGACGUACCGCGCCGAAACGUUCAUUGUGGAGAUGCUCAAGCAAGCCGACAUCAUCAUUGGUCGCGAUAUCAUUGUGCACAACCCCGAGAUCUUCCUGGACUGGUCGAGCCGCGGCAUGUUGGCGAUUGGGGAAUCGUACAUGGCCAAGCAGUGGGAAGCGUUGUUGCCGCUGGACGUUGUCUUGACCAAGCUCCUCAAGCUCCCGUCGGACGCCAAGCGCAAGCUGUUCAAGAGCUGGGACGCCAAGUUCGUGCACUUGACUGGCCGCGUGUUCAACUUCCAGUCGCCGUCGCGCGCGGGGAUUGUGGGCGCCCACCACUACGACAUUGGCAACGAAUUCUACAAGCUCUGGUUGGACCCUUGGAUGCAGUACUCGUGCGCGUACUUCAAGGACAUUCCCGACACUGACUUGGACACUGCCCAAGUCAACAAGUUGCACCUCAUUGCCAAGAAGCUCAAGAUGGAGCCUGGGAUGACCGUGCUUGAAAUCGGCUGCGGGUGGGGCGGCCUCGGCAUCUUCUUUGCCAAGCACUACGGCGUCCACGUCACGGGUAUUACGAUUUCCAACGAACAGCUCAAGGGUGCGCGCCUCCAAGCCGAAGCCGAAGGCGUCAGCCACUUGACUCAAUACACGUACUGCGACUACCGCAAGAUGACUGGCCAGUUCGACCGCGUUGUGUCCAUCGCAAUGCUGGAAGCCGUGGGCUACAAAAACAUGGACGAGUACUACACGGUGAUCCAGCGCUGUCUCAAGACGGGCGGGCUCGCGCUGGUCCACUCGAUCACGUCGAACCGGAGCACCAAAACUGCCCAUCAACAAUGGAUCCUCAAAUACAUCUUCCCCAACGGAUUCUUGCCAUCCGUGACGCAAAUGUGCGAGUUUGCCGAAAAGAAGUUUGUCGUUGAAGACGUCCACAACAUUGGCCCAGACUAUGACAAGACCCUCAUCCAAUGGUCCGUCCGGUUCCAACAACACCUCCAAAACGGCAACAUCGUCAAGGAUGAUGUGUUUAUCCGGAUGUGGGACUUUUACCUCAACUAUUGCGCCGCCGGCUUCCGCGCCCGCACGAUCCAAUUGCAUCAAGUCGUGUACUCCAAGCACCGUGCGGGACGCUACGACGCCGUGAGAUAGAUGCGAUACAGUAUGUCGUCGACAAGGUUUUACUGUUCGAUGUGGAAAGUGUUCACACAAUAAUACACUGUAACGUUACUAGUAUGGACGCAACAACGAAAGGCCAUUCGUGGAAAAGAAGCCAAUGGCAUCGUUUUGUGGUUGAAAUGCAUGGAUACACCAAUCAAAUCCUCG